UCUCGCAUCCCUAGCAUCUCAGCAACAUCUCUUUCUUACAAGCAUCAAUGCGAUUUACGUACAAUUGGACCAUCUUUGCUAUCGGAAAUGCGCGCGACCCUUCGUAGGUCCUGUGACGCCUGUGCCAAGGCGAAGCAUGGGUGUGACCUUCGAACUCCCAGGUGCUCUCGAUGCAUCAAGAGAAAGACAAAUUGCGUUUACACUAACGAGCCCCUGACCUCGUCGCCGGAAACGUCUGGAAAUAGUACGCUUGCUGUUAGAGACAAUGAGGAAGUGACCUCUUUAACUUUGAGGGAGAGGAGGAGCGCGCCGGUGCAUUCCGAGAGCUCGACAUGGGUGUUGAACACAACAGAUGCCUCUUUCGAUCCUUUUGAUUCAUAUCCACCCACGAGGCUUCCUCGGGUACAUGUUCAACGUCUGAUCUACCAUUUUCUUUCCAGUAUAGCUUUCCAGUACUACCCUUUGGACCUCAGUAUGGAGUCAAAUCCAUUUGUCGUCUCGUGGUGGCCUCUUUGCCUCGCGGACCCCGCAUUGUUCCACGUCUCAUUACAGACGGCGUCCUUGGAUGAGGAAUUGAGGGCUCAGAAAGGAUUUCCACUUUCAGAAAUGCUCAUGAUGGACUCGGUGGCUCUGGUGAGACGAAAAAUUGAGGAUUCAUCAGAGGCGUUUCAUGAUGAGACUUUAAAUUCUGUCGUUACUUUGGCAGCAAUUGAGCAUGGCAAGGGAAAUAUUGAGGCUAGCGGAAUGCACAUCGAUGGCGUAAAACGAAUGGUCAGUGUCAGGGGCGGAAUCAACGACCUGAAGAGCACAAGCCCACUUACCGCGAGAAUGGUUUCCUGGGUAUCCAUGUUGGUUACAGGAACUCCGCAGUUCCAGACCCAAGACGACUUUGGCUUUGGAAAUGGAAUUGGCCCAAUACUGCAAUGGCAGCUGGCCUCGACGCCUUCGGAAAAGAUUUUCGAUGACCUCGACAUUGACCCUGCUGUUCUCGACAUUUUAAUCCGGCUUCGCAACAUUCUUCACCAACCACAGCUUUCACGCUUAACAACCACCGAGCUCCACGAUCUAACAUGCUUCGUCGUCCAUAAGCUGCUCCUGUUGCCUCCGCUUUCACCUGCCAUGCCCAAGCGAGCAGCCAUUUCAGAAUGCCUUCGGUAUGCGAUGACACUAUACAUGCUGGUGAUUCACGGAACGACAUAUUAUUCCCACGCGGCACUAGCGAGUGUCAUCGUUUUCCAACUCAAGAGUCAUCUGACGACCUUGGCUGGGACGGACUACAUUUACGGCCCAUUAGGGAUCUGGGUUCUAUCCAUUGGUAUGGCAGCUACGAUUGGCACAAUGGACCACCAAUGCUUUAAAGAACUGGCUGGAUCGGCUGCGACUAGCGUCGGUUUGCACUCUUGGGAGGAUAUUCUCGUCCGUCUGGAGAGCAUACUCUGGAUGAGAACACGGCGGGAUGAGGUCUUUCGGCAAGGGUGGGAAGAAAUCCUCACGUCAUGAUGACAUAAGCCUAGCAAGACUCACGUCUUUUCACAAUCCUAAUUAAAGAAAUUAUUAA